AUGUAUUCAACAGGCAAAGGUUCUUCUCCAAAUUCAAUAGCGAUCGGUGAUUUAAAUAAUGAUCAUCUAUUGGAUUUUGUUGUUGCUAAUCAAAACAGUAUCAGUAUAGGUGUUUUCCUUGGAUUCGACAAUGGUCUCUUUUCUAAUCAAACAAUCUAUUCAACUACACUUCAAGAAUAUCCAAGAUCGGUUCAUAUUGCCGAUAUUAAUAAAGAUCAAAACAUGGAUGUCAUUGUUACUUAUCUUUGGAGUUCUAAUCUCGCUGUUCUCCUUGGAUUUGGUAAUGGUACAUUAUCCAAUGAAAGAUAUUUUUCAUUUCAAAGCGAUGCAGGACCAACUGAAACAGCUAUUGGUGACUUUGACAAUGACAGCCAUUUAGACAUCGUUGUUACUCUUCAAUUUGCUCAUGAAAUAAUUGUUUUACAAGGCUUUAGCAAUGGAAGUUUUUCUUCUAAAAUGAAUUAUUUCCUGGGUAGUGAUUCAUAUCCAACUGCAGUGUCUAUUGCUGAUUUGAAUAACAAUCAUUUGUUAGAUAUUGUUGUUGCAAGUUAUUCAGAGGGAAGUUUAUAUAUAUUUCAAGGAUAUGGAAAUGGAACUUUUGUCAAUGAUGUUACUUUAUCAACUGGAUUUAAUUCACUUCCACGAUCACUCGUCAUUGUUGAUUUCAAUAAAGAUAACUUCAAGGAUAUCGCUGUUGCGAAUUCUGGUUCAGAUAAUAUUCGAAUAUUCUUUGGUGAUACUGAUGGAAGUUUUUCUGAUGAAAUAACUCUCUCGACUGGAAUUGAUUCUAGUCCAUAUGCAAUUUCGAUUUCGGAUUUUAACAAUGACAAUCAGUUGGAUAUUGUCGUUGCUAAUUAUGGUUCAAAUACAUUAGGAAUUCUUCUUGGAUGUAACGGUAAAACAUUUUUUGACCAAAUCAUUUAUUCAACUGGUGAUUUUUCUCAACCCUACGACGUCGCUAUUGGCGAUGUUAAUAACGAUCAAUAUCUAGAUGUUCUUAUUGUUAAUUUAGGGACUGAUAAUAUUGGUGUAUUUUUGGGAUAUAUCAUGGAAGAUUUCAUUGGUGUUCCAUCUAAUUCUCUUGGAUCAUCAGGAUCACAAUUGGCAUCGCUUGCAAGUGGAGAUUGGAAUAAUGAUACAAAAUUAAAUGUUGUUGUUACUGAUAAUUCGACCAACACUAUGAGAAUCUUAUUUGGAACAGGUUAUGGAACUUUUAGUAAUGAAACAAUCUAUUCAACUGGUAAUAAUUCUCAUUCAACAUCUGUUGUUGUUUCGGAUCUAAACAAUGAUCAUUUCUUGGAUAUCAUUGUCGCAAAUUCUGGUACAAAUAAUCUUGGAAUUUUCUUUGGAAAUGCAAAUGGGACAUUUCAAAAUCAACUGACAUAUUUUACUGGUGUUGGUUCACAACCAAUUUCUGUUGUUAUUUUAGAUUUGAAUAAUGAUACUCAUCGAGAUAUUGCUGUGACCAAUUAUGAUUCAAGUAAUAUUGAAAUCUUUUUCGGAAAUGGUAACGGAAGUUUUAGUAAUGAUCUCACGUUUAAUACUGGUUAUCGUUCACAUCCAUAUUCACUCAAUAUUGAAGAUAUCAAUAAUGAUCAUUUCACAGACAUUGUGGCAACUAAUGAUGAAUAUGGAAAUAUAAAUAUUAUCAUGAAAACUUGUUAA